AUGACGGGCAGGUGUAUGGUGCAGCUUCACUCACUCACAGGAAUAAGUCAACUUACACCGUUCUGCUGUGUCCCAGUGGACUUCGAGGUGGCAAAUGUGGACUCCACGCUGGCCUCAGAGGAUGACAUAAACAAUGCCAUUAUGGCCAUCAGACGCAAUGGCAUGGCCCUCAAAGGUAACAUUGAGACUAAUCACACCCUGCCACCUUCCUAUAAGUCCAGGAACAAUCUGCUCCGCACCUCCCUGGACCUGUACGCCAAUGUGAUGCACUGCCAGUCUCUCCCAGGGGUGAGGUCACGCCACACAAACAUAGACAUCAUGAUCAUCAGGGAGAACACUGAAGGGGAGUACAGCAGUUUGGAGCACGAGAAUGUACCAGGUGUUGUUGAAUGUCUGAAGAUCAUUACAAGGAACAAAUCUCUUCGCAUUGCUGACUAUGCAUUCAGAACAGCUCGGGAGAAGGGGCGCCACAGAGUCACUGCUGUACACAAAGCUAACAUUAUGAAGCUAGGCGACGGUCUUUUCCUGGAGUGUUGCAAAGAAGUGGCCAGUGGUUACCCAGAGAUUACCUUUGACAGCAUGAUUGUGGACAACACUACUAUGCAGCUAGUUUCAAGACCCCAGCAAUUUGAUGUGAUGGUGAUGCCCAACCUGUAUGGGAAUGUUGUGAGCAACGUGUGUGCUGGCCUGGUAGGCGGGCCGGGCCUGGUACCUGGAGCAAACUAUGGCGAGGACUAUGCUGUGUUUGAGACGGGCACCAGAAACACCGGGAAGAGCAUUGCUAACCACAACACAGCAAACCCCACAGCCAUGCUGCUGGCAUCCUGUCUGCUGCUGGAUCACCUGAAGCUUCACGCCUAUGCCAGCAUGAUCCGCAGGGCCAUCAUUUCCACUCUCACUGAGACAAGGGUACACAUCACACACAUCUUUCAGUCUGCCCGUCAUUCUGAUUGUCUGACUGAUUGCCGGGCUUUUAACUUCUAA